CCUGAUACAAAAAGUUCAUUCUAGUAUAAGCUUCUCUGUUUGCCAGAGACUUUUCCUCUCUUCUUUCUUUGAUUUUGCGUUUAUUACCCAUUGAAAAAUACAACUUAAAGCAAUGAUUUUCUGAUAAUUUCUUCAAAAAGUCAAUGUAUUUUAUGAAUUUGUCGAAAUAUAUUUCAGUAGCAAACGAGGUAGCAAAACCAAAUUACACAAUGUUGUUUCUUAAAUGAAGUUUCCAAUCUACCGCACGUCUAACACACGGCGGGCACAAAUGGCUGUCCUUUUCAAAAUUUUAUAAAAUCAAGAAAAUGUUUAGGUUUAAAAACCCUUCAAUUUUCUUGAAUUUUCUGGCAAUGUAAAAGGAUGAGUGCAAAGAAAACAACGUUAUGUUAAAGAACCAAUGCCGUUUGGCAUUUACACGAAGUUAUAUACAAUGGAGGGGGUUAAAAACAAAGUUUUAUAAGGAUAUAAAAGUUCGCUUUUAUUUGUUCUGUUCAAAUACGGUCAAGUAUGAUAUUUGCAAUAUUAGUAGAGGUGGAGUUUUUAGUAAAAAUGUUAGCCAAGGAUGGAACGUAGGCUCGAGAAAAGUUGGUGUAAGUAUGCUGCUGUGCCUGUAUGUUAUCUUUGUUAAUUAGUUAUAUAUCAUGAUUGUAAUUAAUAAUUAUAUAUAAAGUCUAUAUCCCACAGUCCACGUGCAGAAAUACACGUCCAAUGCAGCUGUUUCACUGGCUGGGUGCAUUUUAUUACCAAAAACAUGGAUGCAUCCUCUCAUCUGGAAAAAAAACAUGUUGUGUUUUUGCGUGAAAACAUUCAGGAAUGCGGCCCCAUAAUAUUUCCCAUUGUAGCAACAUCAACAUCUUGGGAAUGGCAAUGUCUUGACUUGACUGGAAAGUUUGGAAAUUUCAUGCUGGAGAUUUUGAAAAUUUAAUAGUAAAUAUAUAGAAAGCAUCAAAAUUGCAUGCCGGAGAUAUCUGACGUGCGAUACAAACUUUCUACACUGGCGUCUUGAUUGGUCUGCGAGAAAUUAUACUGGGAUUAGCUGAUAAUAGCCUUGACGUUUUAGCAGGAAAGGCGCAGGAAUGUACUUGUAUUCCUGAAUGUUUUGGUGCAUGUUGCAUUUUAACACUUAAAUUAAUUUAACACAUUUUAAAUUAAUGUGUGAAGCAUGUCAUUUAUUAACAGUUUUAAUGAUCGUUACAUUGGAAAUUAUUGUUAAAAAAUUGACAUGAAUGAUGUUACUUUUACUUGGUCGACUGAUAUUAUGAUGUCAUUAUAAAAUCGGCAUCAGUAUUUGGCAGAUUGUGAUAUGAGUAAUCAUCAAUCACUAGAAUGCCUUGCUGACCAACUGAUUGACAACAUACUGUAGAUAACAAAACAAUAAUAUAAAACAAUACAGAUUAUUUUUCUUUCUUUCAGCCUAAAACCCAAUGGCGUUCCUUGGUGCAAUACAGCAAAGAAGCCAGGGUCUCGUCUGAUACUUUAAGUAAACAUAGUCCAGGUUUAAAUAUUGGUCUUGAUGUGGGCCUUAAACACCGUGAAGUUGUUCAAGAUCAAUGUGACAUUCCAUCGCAGUUGUCAUGGAAACAGAAAUUGCGGUACUAUCUCAGGCUGUCCAAGAUCCGUUUAACAGGUCAGUGGAUAUGUCUUUAUGAGUAAAUUUGUCUGGAAUUGCAUCGUGUUGGAACUGACUAAAACCUAGCAACUAUAUGCCCUCUGACAGGUAAAUGCAACUAUGGUCCUCUGACAGGAAUUGAACUUGUGGCCCUUGUGAUUCUGGCACAUCACUCCAACUGACUGAGUUAUAGAGAUCAGUUGUCGAGCUCUAACCACAAGACAACUGGACUGUGUAGCUCAGGUGGUUAGUGCGCUGCACCAAAAUUGCAGAGCCACAGGUUUGUUUCCUGGCAGAGGGCCUAUAGUUGCAUUUUCCACAACUGCUCCUGGUUAGGGCUAAAAUUGUAUAUACAGUACCAUCCAACGGAAACUAUACAUUUUUUUCGAGCGAGUUUCGAGAAUGUUCGAGCGAGAAACAUGACGCGAAAGCUUGCGAGGGGCGCUAUCGCGACCUCUCGCUCUUUACGCGCAAUGACUCGCUCAAAUAAUUUGUUUACUGCUUUCGCGUAAUCGCGAAACGCGCUUCGCGAAUCGCGCUCAAUAAAUCGCUUAUGAGAAAAAACUUCAUGGCAGCGAAAAACAUAAAAGGCUAGUUAUUCAACAUACAUGUCGGCGUAUGGAAAUCUUACCUUGGUUUUUCUAAACGAUUGAGGCACAAGAUAUGGUUUUAAGACGCUGUCUUGCUUUUACGUUUUAUAAGUAUAGAUGUCUCGCAGCACUGUCGGUACAUAAAUUAUUCACAGUUACACCUUAGGCUUAGCGAAGCGUCGAAAUUCGAAAAUGGCAUGAAUCGCGGUAAUUCUUUCAAUAUUUCAAAGCCAGAUAAUUUAUAAACAAACCUUUGUGAUAGAAACUGUAACAGCUUGUCGAGUUGUCGAUGCUCGUAGAGUUGAAACGCCAUGUCAAUGAAGCAGUAAAACACAGAUACACGUGUUUUAAUUUAAAGAUUCAAACCGAAUGAAUGCUUUGCCUUUGAGGAAGUGAAAUUAUUUUAAUUACUCAAUAACAAAACGGACAAAAAGCCUGUAUCAACCUUAAUGAUCCAUUAAUAACUGAUUAAUAACAAUAUGAACUAAAAAUAAAAUAUGACAACAAAAAUAAAGUAUGACAAUAUCAACUACAUAAAACUAAAAUAUGAGGCGUGUUGUUUUACACCCGAUCAAAAUACGCGCCUUGUCCGAAAUGAAAACAUGUUUUUUUCUAGUAUUAACAGAGAAGUAGCUACUACAAUAUUAAUGUCACAUACAGUAAAGCAAGUGUUACAUUGGGUCAUUCCAGAAAAGAUCCAUACCCCCCCUACGGAGGAAAUCGAAAAUAACCCCCUCCCCCCCUUCGGACAUCCUUGAAUGGUUCAUCCUCCCCCCCUCUCCGGUGUCAAGCGAAAUUCCUGACCUCUGCUAAAUACCUGACCUAGCGUGACGGGUCAGAAAUUUCGCGCGUACAGGCGCGAAAUACAUGACGCUUGCUAAAUUCUAAGUCGGCCAAAACUGUUUUUUAGAGUUUAGAUAAAAUAAUCAUGAUGUUAAUUUCUAAUACUUCGUUAAAUAUUUCAAAUCGACAUCGCUAAGUUUCAAUCACAAACACUUUAAAUUUCAAAGCGAAUUGUGUGGUCGUGACCGCGAAAUACACGACGUUUGCUAAAUACGGUCGGUCGAAACGACUUUUAAGUCCAUAUGCGAUGUUACCAAAUGUUUCUAUAGCGUAGACAUCGCCAAAUUAUGAACUUCGAACUCAUCGUUGCUGCUUACUAAAUAGUGAGAAGGUCAAACGCGAAACGAUUUUUAGUGCUUAUAGUAUAGUUAGUAAUGCAUAUACGGCAUAACCUUUGAAACUGGAGUCUAUUUUAUAUCACUAAGAUCGCUUUUCGAGUGAUUUUUCCAUAUCUACGAUUCAAGGUUUAUUAUAACGUUCACAAUCAGUGGUAUAGUGUCAAUUCAGUUGAUCAAUUGUAGAAUUAAUGUUGGAAAAUUUAUGUAUAAAUAAAAUGGCUUUAUAAAUACACGUGUUGUCUGUUGAGUUGCGAAAUUUAUGAGCCGAAGUCAUUCAUGCGCAUCGUCUGCGCAUGGGCAGUUCUACAAUAGUCAGAUAUUUCGCAAGUCAGGAAUUUCGCGUCACACCGGACAUCCAAGCCCAAAAUUACCCCCCUCCCCUUCGGACAUCCACUAUUUCUAAAUUUUUCUAAAGGCUACCUCGCCGUUUGAAAACGUCACCGAAAAUUAGACUACGUUCACACUACGCGCGAGCGAACUAAUGCGGGCAGAAUUUACGUGUGUUCAUACUACCGCCAUUACAGUUUGUUUACAAAUUGAAUUAGCACUCGUGUAAACCCAAAAUAUUUCAAAUAGACCCAAGAAAUUUGACUGAAAAGCAUUCAAGUUUACACGUUUGUGUUCACACGAAGCUAUCAAGCGCUCCGCCGUUUUCACCUCGCUCCGUUUAGAAACCGUGCUCAAAUUGUUACGGCAAAAGUGACGUGAAAGUUUUCAAACGAUUUCGCUCCAACGUAGAGUGAAUUAGCGAUGGCUUAUUGUGACUUUUCUACGCUGUUUUCAAAUAGCUCUGGCGUGGCGGAACACUUGGCGGCUUCUUGUGACUUGCGAACACAAACAUGUGGCAGGUUUUGUCGGAUCAGUAAUUUGCAGAAAUUCACUUCGAAAUUCGUUCAAGUAAAAUUUGGACUGAAUUCGAUGUAACUUGUGACUGAUUGACAAGCGUUGCUGUGUUUACUUACAUGUUAAUACAUUUUUUAGUAUUACUGCAUUCCUUAAAGGUGCCCUACAGUCCGUAUGUAAACAAAGCCUUUGUUUACAUUUUUGCGUCCAAAAUAUUGAGUUUUAUUCGACAACUAUUUAUAUUUUCAAGCUUCUAGAGUAUAAUAAAUGAUCAAGAAACAACAGUCAGGCUUGGCAAGAACCCACAACAUAGAUAAACUGUUUGUAUCAUAAAAAGUGGGCUCCUUUGUGCACAUGCGCAGAUCGGACUGUAGGGCACCUUUAACCUCGCCCUUAAUAUGAAAGCCAUUUCUAUUUUCUAGACACGCACCUCGCAAGGAAGCUUUAUUGACUAUAUACUAAAACAAAUUGUUUUGAGUUCAGUUCACAUAGCAGUCUCUUAAUUCGAGCAACAGUUCAAUAACUAUUAUUUUUAACACUUGAAUAAUUCAAACUUAUAUAUGGCGAACGAAAACUGCAAACUAUAUAAAUAAAGCGUGUCAAUUUUCGACUCAUUCUCAACAUGCAGGAUACGCUGUUACAGCGAGUUAGUUUUUGGUGGCCAUGCAUGCAAAAGUGGGCCGCUUAUUUUGCUUACAAGUUACGUGGACGUAUAAUUAUUGCUGUUACAUAAACGUUCCGGUGUUCAAGAGCUGCAUAUAUAUAGCCGAUAAAAAUUGCGUGCUCAUUAUAAUCGCCGAUCACAUGGCUUUAUCACAGUCUCAAACCUUCAGACAAACAUAUCUACAUUCCUCUCCCCCCCUUCGGACAUCCUAAGACAUUUUUCCUCCCCCCCCCCUUCGGACAUCCUAAGACAUUUUUCCUCCCUCCCCCUUCGGACAGCAAAAAUUUCCUCCGUGGGGGGGGGGUAUGGAUCUUUUCUGGAACGACCCAUUUUCGCCAUUUGCAUGCCAGUUAUUUGACACGGUUUUGAAAUGCAAAUUUGAAAAUGCAAUUUGUAAAUGCGAAAUGCAAUUUUGAAAAUGCAAAAUGCAAUUUGAAAAAAUUGUUUCUGAUAAUAGUAAGGCAGUGUAUUAUGACAUUCGAAGGGGGUAGGGGGGUUAACUUAGUUCCUAUUUCCUCUGUGGGGGUGGUAUGGAUGUUUUCUGGAAUGACCCAUUCACCUGAGUACAUUACACCAACACAGCAAAUUUCAUGGUUAUUAGAUUACAUUGAUAUCGAAGGAACUAGACUCAGUUCCGAAAUAUCGCAUACUCGAACCGACCUGACCGCGUAGCUCAGAUCAGUUGGCAGAGCAAUGGGCUAGUAUUCGAAAGGUCGUAGGUUCGAAUCCCACCGUGGCCAGGCAUAUUUUCAAGCCUGCCUGGUGUGGAUAUACACUCAGAGUAACAUCACACAAGCAUCUUAUUCACCUGAGUACAUUACACCAAUACAGCAAAUUUCAUCAAAAUAAAAUCGACAAAAACCCUUCAACUGUUCGUUCUAUCGAGUGAAGAUGCAAAAAAAUCGCAAUAUUUAGUUAUUUACCUUUGGCUUUGUAUCAAUUAAGGCCUUUGGCUUUGUAUCAAGGAAAUAGUGGGGGAGGUGGAAAAAAAAUUUAGGGGAGGUGCAGCAGUUUAGCUCACAACCCCCAUGGAAAGUUACAGCUUAGAGUGGGCCAAAGUGAAUGACGUGGCGUAGUUGAUGCAGGUAAUUAAAUAAACCAUCACGAAACAAAAUUUUAAAAUAUUUACUGAAAACGAAUGUUUCAUUCAUGGCUCUUUCAUGCAUUAUGCUUGGCAUUGAUUUUCAACAUGUACUCGAUACAGUUACAAUUCCUGCCUUGUUCAUGGCCACCAGAAAUUCAGGGCUUACGGCUACCUGAGAUUCAUGGCUACCAGAAUGCUUAGCGCGAUCUUUUACGUCAAGACAGCAUCUUUUUAACUUAAAAACCUGUAAAUUUAUUGCAUAGAUGAAUGAAUUAACCUAUUGAGCCGCAAUAUGCCCCAGUGUGCCCUACUUAUUUUUUACUUGCCUAACCCCAGAUGAUUUUACUUGUCAAUGGGGAAGCUCUGCAGCUUAAUGCAUGUGGAUUAACCAAAAAAUAUGGCAAUGUCUCUAGUUAACACAUUGAGCCGCAAUGUUCCCCAGUGUGCCCUACUUAUUUUUUUUACUUGCCUAACACCGGACAAUUUUGCUCAUCAAUGGGAAAGCUCUGCAGCUUAAUGGGUUAAGAAGAAAAAUUCAUUGUUGCUAAUUUAGAAAUUGCUGGCUAGUGCUGUGAAAAUGGCAGUGACAGCCAGCUGCUAUUUAAUUAAACUCCGACUCUGUAUACAGUAACCAUUUGGUUUCUAUCAUAGGUUUAGUUGUACUCACUACAAUGGCAGGAUACAGUCUUGCACCAGGAGAAUUCUCAGCUAUGACAUGUGCUCUUGCAUCGGUGGGGACAAUGCUGUGUUCUUGCUCUGCUAAUACUAUCAACCAGGUAAUCAGCUUACUAUGAACUUACGAACCAAAGAAAUUUGCCUGCCCAAAUUUAGAGCCAACAGUCAAUAAGUUAUAUCAUUGUUUUGGUCAUCUUAGGCUUGAUGUCAUAAGGGUUUGCAUGACCUUUAAUUGGAGUACCUUUGAAUUUGGCCUAGUCAAACACUGGAAAUGCUUUUCAAAAUUCUUACUAUGGAAAUAGUAUUCAUAUUUGAUCUUUGGUUGGAAAUAGUGUGGAAAUCCAAUUUUCAUCAUAGAUGGAUUUUCAUAUUUAUUACUGGGGUGGUGCCAGAAAUUUUAGGGGGUGGGGAGCCGUGAGCAGGUGACUGAAGCAAGACAAAGUGUCACCAAACCCCAGUAAGGUCUAUAUUCUAGGGGUGGAGCACUAGAGCUGCGAGGGGAGUCUAGAGAGGGGAGUCUAGAGAGGGGAAAACAAAGUAUCCCAGUAAAAAUUUGAAAAAAAUUAUGAUUCCUAGCUUCGAAAAAGUUUUUUGAAGUGGUCAAUUUGUCAUAUCAAUGGAUUUGGCAUGUCCGAUUGUCUGUUGAGACUUGAGAGAGUUAAAGACUUAAAGUGAAAUGAACCUGUAAAAGUGUAAACCCAAUAGGCCAAUACACAAUAUGCUUUUACUUUUAUAAAAUCAUUGACAUUGUGUUGUUUGAAUCCGAGUACAAUUUAUGAUGCAACUCCAAUGUAAAUAAUAUUUGGGGUGUAAAGAUUAAAUCUAGGCAAGUCUAUUUCCUAAAAGAAUUAAAAACUAAAAAUAGUGUUCGUAAAAAUUCCAAAGUUCCUUGCGUGCAAGCUAUUCGCAUGACAAGGCAGCGAUUAGUUUCAGAGUAUUGCACUGUCUUUUUCUGUUCGAGUGUACUCCUACGUUUAUUUUGUAUCAACACUCUGCACGUUGGAGUGGACUAUUUAUUUAUUUAUUAUGCCGAAUGUUGGGGGGUUGAAAAUUUUUUUGGGGGGGGUGGACUUUUUGUUUUGGGGGGUUAUAGCUAAUAUUGGGGGGUAGCACCCCCCUGUACCCCCCCCCCCAGAAAAUCCAUCUAUGAUUUUCAUACUAAUUGCAAUUUCCAUACUGUGGAUAUAGUAUGCAUAUACUAUGGAUUUAGAUUCCAUAGUAUGAUUUUUACUAUUUCUAGUGAAAGUCUGAAAUGUUUGAUCCUUCUGUUGGAUUGUACAGUACUGAGUAAAGCCCGUUUACCAUGCACUAGGCAAAGCUAGUGCAUGGUAAACUAUUUACAGAACUAACGUUUCGUCUUGCAGUUCCGUAUAAAUAAUUAAAUUUAUGAAAAUUUCUCUUUGUUGUGGCUAUUAAUACGGACAUUAUGCUGGGCAUUGAUAUUUAUUAUUAGAUUACGAUUCCCGCCUGGUUCAUCCCUCGCAAAUAUUUAAAAGUAUUUAGCGUGCGGCAGCAGCUCCCAGCCAUGUCACCAUGUCUAUGAAUAGUCUUUUCAAUCUUGUAGUGGCUGGAAGUUCCAUUUGACUCGCAGAUGUCUCGCACAAAAAAUCGAGUUUUGGUUCGAGGUCUGAUGAGGUAAUGAUGGCCAAAAUUUAAAUUAUUGUAGUUUCAUGGUUGUCCCUAGACUUGGUUCAAGUCAUUCUCAGGAGAAAAGUAGGGAGAGACGGACUUGGGACAUUUGCAGCAUUUCGAAUGUUACUUGCAAAAAUUGGCGCGAAAAUUUGUUGUUGUUCUCAACUCGCAAGCCACGCCUCCGUAGGAAAAAUCCGACGGUAAAAUUUGGCGCGCUUGCAGGUUCUCCAAGUCCGUCUCUCCCUACUUUUCUCUCAUAUUUUCGCGCCUUUUUUGACCGCUCGCGUGCAUCGCUAUUUUCAACCCCUUGAGAGACGGACUUGAACCUGGUCUAGGUUGUCCCCAAAGUUUGUCGUUUUAUUAUAUUUCUAUAUUUGGAUAGUUCCUCGCAUGCCUUGAUGUUUGGUGUAGCUGCGGGUGCUUCAGGCCUGACAAUACUUCUCACUCAAGUGAAUGGAUUAACUGCUCUAUUAG